UUUACCUUCUUGUUCUCCCGCAGGGGCGAGAAGCGGAGGUCAGGCAAGCGGUCGCGCUUAAUAAUGGCCCAGCGUUGGCUACUGAACUUAACCGGGGGAUUGGUUACCUGAUGUUUAUACAUAUAUAUUUUAAACAGUGUUAGUUUGCUGCUGUUUGCCCCCCAAAAGUGUAUUUUACCGCCUCUUGCCGCUCAGGGAAUCCGUCUCUAGCACGUAAACAAACAUGACAGCCGCCGUCUCCAGACAGAGACACGCUGCCGUCGCUGCAGACUCCUCGGGAUCCUCUCUUUCCCUUUCUGCAAGCCUCCGUCGCCUCUCUAAACACAUCAAAUAUGAAAACCUUGCUGCUGGACUCAGUGGGGGUGUUAUUUCCACAAUGGUGUUGCACCCCCUGGAUCUGAUCAAGAUCAGGUUCGCAGUAAGUGAUGGUCUGAAAAUGCGCCCCCAGUACGAUGGCAUGGUGCACUGCAUGAAGACCAUCUGGAAGCUGGAAGGGAUUAGAGGUCUCUAUCAGGGUGUGACCCCCAACAUCUGGGGGGCCGGGGCAUCGUGGGGCCUGUACUUCCUCUUUUAUAAUGCUAUUAAAGCGUACAAGCAGGAGGGACGGCAAACAGAGCUGAGUGCUGGUGAACACCUGGUGUCUGCAGCGGAGGCAGGCAUGCUGUCGCUUUGCCUCACCAACCCAGUCUGGGUGACAAAGACCCGGCUGGUGCUGCAGUACAGUGCAGAGCCGUCACGGAAGCAGUACAAGGGAAUGAUGGACGCCCUCGUGAAAAUAUACCGUCACGAGGGUAUCCCGGGACUCUACAGGGGUUUCGUGCCUGGACUGGUGGGGACGUCCCAUGCUGCACUGCAGUUCAUGACCUACGAGGGGCUAAAAAGAGAGCAGAACAAAUACAAGAAGAUGCCAUCUGAAUCGCUGCUGUCUCCAUUGGAAUACAUCACCAUGGCUGCCAUUUCCAAAAUAUUUGCUGUAGCAGUGACCUACCCGUACCAGGUGGUGCGCGCUCGCCUGCAGGACCAGCACAACAACUACAGCGGCAUCGUGGACGUCAUCCGCAGGACGUGGAGCAACGAGGGGAUCGAGGGCUUUUACAAAGGCAUGGUCCCAAACCUGGUGCGAGUCAUUCCAGCGUGCUGCAUCACAUUUCUGGUGUUCGAAAAUGUGUCACGCUUACUUUUGGGCGAGUAUCACUAAAGCUUCAAACACAACCACGGACCAACGCGACACAAUAUACCAGGACUGUGUGUGUGUGUGUGUGUGUGUGUGUGUGCAGAACUAGCAUGGAGCUCAUGCUAACUCGUGGAAAAGUGGAUUCAAGCCAUCCUGUGACAAUGCAACCGCACACAGUAUUCACCAAACACAUGGUUUUCUUUUUUUUUGUAAGAUAUUUUCCCCAAACAGCUGCUAUAUUUGCUGAUCUACGUGAGAGAACGAAGCCACUCAGCAGAUCUCGGCUGGCUCAGGAAAUGAUGUCACA